UUGGGCCGCUCCUUCCGGGCCGGCAGGCGGGUAAGUGGUCGUGCCGCGGCCAUGGAUGGCGAUCCUCCACCGGUGGAGGAGCGGCGGCGGCUGCGGGAGGAGCUGAGCGAGUUCGUGGAGAGCUGCUGCCGGACGCUGGAGGAGGUGACGGCGUCGCUGGGCUGGAGCCUGGACCGGCUGGACCCCGGGGAGGAGGAGGCGGCCGAGGAUGAAGUUGCCAUAUGCCCUUAUGAUUCCAAUCAUCGCAUGCCUAAGUCGUCUCUAGCAAAGCACAUGGUAUCUUGUAGAUUGAGGAAACUGGGCUAUACCAAAGAAGAAGAGGGUAAAAUGUAUAAUUCUGACUUUUUCUAUGAGAAUGCGAAGAUACCUUCAGUUACCUUGAAUAAGGACUCACAAUUCCAGAUAAUUAAACAAGCUAGAGAUGCAGUUGGAAAUGAUGGUGAUUAUUAUAAUCAAAGGAUGUAUUCUUCAUUGCCUGUUGAAGUUCCUCUGAAUCACAAACGGUUUGUUUGUGAUCUAACCCAAGCCGAUCGUCUUGCCCUCUAUGAUUUUGUAAUUGAGGAGACAAAGAAAAAACGGUCAGAUUCUCAAAUUAUUGAAAAUGACAGCGAUCUCUUUGUAGACUUGGCUGCCAAAGUCAAUCAAGAUAAUAGUCGGAAAAGUCCAAAAUCUUACCUUGAAAUCCUGGCAGAAGUGAGAGAUUAUAAAAGAAGACGCCAGUCCUAUAGAGCUAAGAAUGUUCACAUAACCAAGAAGUCAUAUACUGAGGUGAUUCGGGAUGUGAUCAACGUGCACAUGGAGGAACUCGGCAGCCAGUGGCAGGAGGAGCAGGAGAAUGCAGAGGAUGAUGCGGAGAAGAAUGAAGAAAGGCGGUCGGCUUCAGUAGACUCACGGCAGUCUGGGGGAAGCUAUCUGGAUGCGGAGUGUUCACGACAUAGAAGGGAUCGGAGUAGGAGCCCGCAUAAACGCAAAAGAAACAAAGAGAAGGACAAACACUGGGACUCAAGAAGAAGGAAAGAGAGGGAUGGGGAAAGACAUCAUAGUCAUAAAAGAAGAAAGCAAAAAAUAUAAACGAAGUAUUUGUGCGUGUAUUAAUUAUGCUUAUGCCAUGGUAACCAGUAUGCUGAUGUUUUUAUCAUAAUUGCUUUGAGUAGGAGAAUGUGCUUACAUGAACUGUUCAGUGCUCAGAUCAUUAUUUUUCAACCAAUACUUACAUCUCAAACCAUGAGUACAUUGAUUAUGCCCUAGAAAUUUGUUUUCCUUAUAUUUUAAUGGAUGAUUGCCUCCUAUUACUGAUUUUGUUUCAUUCUUUUUUUGAUAAUUUAUGUUUCAGAAAAUUCUUUAAUUAAAGUGAAUAUUUAAACUAUAUAACUAAUACAUAAAUGCAUUCUUACUGUAAAAAAUUAAACCUUGGGCUUCCCUGGUGGCGCAGUGGUUGAGAAGUCCGCCUGCCGAUGCAGGGGACACGGGUUCGUGCCCUGGUCCGGGAAGAUCCCACAUGCCGCGGAGCGGCUGGGCCCGUGAGCCAUGGCCGCUGAGCCUGCGCGUCCGGAGCCUGUGCUCCGCAAUGGGAGAGGCCACAACAGUGAGAGGCCCGCGAACCGCAAAAAAAAAAAAAAAAGAAAAAGAAAAACCUUACAGAUAAGGCUAAAGAAUGCUUGGAGCACCACCUAUGAUCCCUGUGGCCACCCCAGGGGGUAACCACAGGUGAACUGUAAAAGGGAAAAACAACCCAAAUAUUCAUCAAAAGGGGAAAGGCCUGGCUAAAUAAAAUGUGGUGUAGUCACAUGAUAGAUUACUAUAUUGGACUUAAAGAAAUAAACUGUAUUAUCAUGAAUAGAUCUCAGAGACAUGCUAAAUGAAAAUAAACAAGUUUCAGAAACAUAUGUACAAGUUAUAUCUAUGUACAAAACAAUACUGUACAUCUUCUCUGGCUGUAUAUGUAUGUAAAUAUAUUUCUAAAGGUUCAGAAGAACUCAUCCCAAACUCCCAACGGUGAUUAUUUGAGGGAGGAGGUAUAAAUGGGAGAGAGAAAGGAUGGAAACCAGGAUUGGGAGGAUGGUCAAAGGGAACUUUAGCUUUAUUCAUUAUGCAUUAAUUUUUAAAAAAUAAGGUAUUUGUGUUUCACUUGUUAAUUAAAAAUAUACUGUCGUUUUGUUUUUUGUAAAUAAAGUUGAUUGAGGUACUGUUUACAUACAGUAAAAUACAUUCA